GAAAGAAGAAAAAGAGCUCCAGUGAUUCUCGAAGCCGCAGGAGGGUGUCACAGACUCAACUGCAGAUUUCAGAAUGCCUAAAGCAGACCGGAAACAUGGAUCAGCCCAGUGAGGAGGCAAGUUCGCUGCAGAACCAAGAAAUGGACCAGAUGUCUGGUCAUAAAAGUGGACUGAAAAGUGCGGUUUGGGAGCACUUUAUAGAACAAUCACCAGGAACUGGGUUGUGCAGAGUUUGCGUCUGACAAUCAGCCGUUCACCAUAGUCAGUGACCUUGGAUUUAGACGUCUUAUGGAUGUUGCUGAACCACGCUAUCGUUUAAAGAGUGAGACAUUUUAUCGCAGUGAAGUAAUGCCCUCCAUCUGUAGUCAGGUGAAGGAAAAGGUCAAAUCCAUGCUCACUCCGAAGUUUGCUGGGAAUCACUUGUCUUUCUCUACUCACUGUUGGACAGGAUCAACUGCAUCAUUGAUGAGUCUUACCUGCCAUUUUAUCAAUGCCAAAUGGGACCGGCAGCAACUUGUUUUGAAUACAAAAGCCAUGGAUGGACCUCACACUGGAGAGUACAUCAAUGAGAUGUUCUGGGACGUGCUGGAGGAAUGGGGUGUGGAUCUGGAACGUGCGACUCUUGUUCUGACAGAUGCGGGGUCUAAUAUGAUCAAAGGAAUGCGUUUAGCUGAAAUGGCAGAUUUCAGUUGCUGUUAUCGUACAUUGCAGGGCGUUGUUAGUGAUGGAAUUGAUAGUCAGACGUCAGUCAUGAAUGUUAUUGCCAUGAUUGAGACCUGCGUGAAACACUUUUCUCUUUCUGCUGUAGCCAGGAGACAUCUGUCUGAAAUACAAAAAGACCUGAACCUUCCUAGUCAUGGAAUGAUUCAAUCCACUCCAGCUCGUUGGAAUUCGACACUUCACAUGUUGGCCAGAGCACUGGAGCAAAAGCGAGCACUGAGCAUUUAUGCUUCUGAGUAUGGGGGGUUUACAUCUCUCAGUGCUGACCAGUGGCUGAUAGUUUCAAAUCUUGUUGAAACACUUAAACCAAUAGAGGAAGCAACUCUUCAAAUGAGUCACUAUGAGAGUUCAGUGUCAUGCGUGAUCCCCAGUGUUCAGGUUCUGAGGAUGAUUCUCAAAAAUGAGGAGCUGUCCACACUUGGAAUUCAGACCAUGCGGCAAGUAAUGGUGGAGAGCCUCAAUCGAAGAUAUGCCAAAGUGGAGGAUGUUCCAUAUGUGUCCAGCGUGUCCCCUGUUCUCAAGUCUGUCAAGAUACCUGAUGCAGCCCCUUCAGAACCAGUGAUUGGUGCAGACCCAGGCUCUCCCAUACAUCUCCUCGAAGACUUGCACGAUCUCCCUCCCCUGCCUGAAGGCAAACUCGUAGCCACAGUGGACGAUUUUUAUUACAAUGCUAAUGGUGGCCCAACAACUGAUGUUCAAUCGCAGUACAAAGGAACAUACAAGUGCAUCCUCUGUUUCCAAAGGUUGUCCAGCAACAUUGAGCUAAUGUCUCAUAUGAAAACACAUGCCACCGGGUCGUCAUUAUCAAAAGCUGUUCCAUCGUGUCCUCACUGUUUGCGGUUAUUUAAGACACCAUUCAAGUUACAGUGUCAUCUGAAGGACGUUCACUGGAACCAUCCGAACCCAGUGAAGUGUAAGAUCUGUGAACUGGUGUUUGACAGUGAACAAAAAUUCCUGGUUCACAUGAAGAACACACAUGAACCAGGAGAGAUGCCCUACAUCUGCCAGGUGUGUAACUUCAGGUCAUCGUUCUUCUCAGAUGUCUGGUUCCAUUUCGAAGAGUUUCACGCCAAGACCAAGCACCUGCUGUGUCAGUACUGUCUGAGAGUCCUGCACAAUGGCUCCUGCUACCAGCGGCACUUCAUCAGACACCAGAAAAAAGCCCUGUUGAGCUGCGAUCAGUGUCGUCUUCACUUCCUCUACGUGAAGGACAGGAGUGCUCACAAACUGGUUCACCACAGCACCCAUGUCAAACCCACCCAUUUGGCCAGACUCAGACCAGGAACAAAGGUGAGUGUCAGGGUGUACUCCAGGGAGGCAGGAACGGUCAAGUCAGUCCAGGAUCAGUCAGAGGGCAUUUAUGUAGAGGAAAAAGUGUCCAUCCCAGAAGAUACAAAGAGCAAUAAAGAAUGCCAGCUAAAAUGUCUUCCGUUCAACGUGGAGAUGGAAAGCGACAAUGACUUGGGUCCACCUCAUUGCUGUGUCGAGUGUCUGAACAGUAUUCAGGACUUCAACUCUCAUUUCCCAUCAGUGGUCCGCUGCUCGUUGUGCAGCUUCAGUACAUGCUGCUCCAGAGCAUACGCUAACCACAUGAUAAACAACCAUACCAACACCAAAAGAAGGUCUCAGUACUGCACCAUAUUCCAGUCCCCACCGAGGCUUAGAAAAAAGUUGUCAUGUGGAAUUUGCUCUUUUCAAUCCUGGAGAGGCGAUGUGAUGGCAAACCACCUGCUGGAGGAACAGGAGCACUACUGCGUGACAACCUCAGAGUGGAGUGUUGAUGAGCAACAGAAGCUGACUGAAACGGAGGGUCACCUGGCUGCCAGCACUGACAAGUCACCGUGUCGAGGUUCCUUCGUUCCCAUUGAACUGGUUUCUCCUGAUCAGACAUCCUCUGAGCUGUCAGUUACCAUCCGCUCAUCCCUGUCCUUCACCUGCCGCCCCGCCAUGACCAUCAAGUUCAGAGACGUUCAGAAGCCUUGGAGCAUCCAGAGAAACGUUGCUGACACUCCUCCUUCCGCUCCCAACAUUCAGCUGAGGUAUCGCGAAUCUGUGCUGCUCUUCUCACUCCUUAACGGCGUCCCUCGGGCGGCCCGUCUCUUUAAUCGGCGUCCGGUUGAGAUCUGGGAAUGGACUUCCGAGAGGAAGAAGAAGUUGGCUUCAUGUGAGUGGCAGUGGAACUCGGAGAAGCUGGUGGUGUGGCUUCUGAGUCGGUGGGAGCAGCAGCUGCAUGUCAGCCAAAACCUGCUCCUGGAUGAGGCCAUGAAGAUUCUAGGGGAGAGCAAUGUCAUGAUUGAUCGCUUCAGUUGGGCGGUGGACUUCUUGCUGUACCAUCGCUUCCAUCUCCACAACAACAGAAAGUGCCUCUUGCCCCAAAACGUCCGCAAUCAGGGUCAAAAUUUAGUUCGGUCUCUUUGUGCAAAGGUCCAGAAAGGUGAUCUGACUCCCCGCUCCGUGGGCUUCAUGGAUGAACUCCCCAUCUUCAUCCACAUGGAAGGCUGGACCUGCAGCCUGUCCAACUUCCACUUGUUGGGGCUGCCCGGAGAGUUGCCUCUGUUUGAGGUCGUGGUGUCCGGACUGGCCGACGGGACCUUUCUCACACCGCUGCUUUUGUUCAAAGGCAAACACAAUGUUCUUCCUGAAGGGUUCCCCAGCAAUGUCUUUCUGCAAGCUCAGCCUCAGGGAUUCAUGGACGAGGACCGCCUCAGCCUCUGGACCGACAAGGUGUGGCGACGUCAUGCAGAAGCCAACCCUCAGUCUCUGCUCUUACUGGACGUUCACUACGGUCACCUGAUGGGCAAAUUCCACAGCAGACUGUCUGACAUGUCGACAGAGUUGGUCUUCCUCCCUCCGUCCUGCAGCUCCCUGGUGCAGCCCCUGGAUGUCUGUGUGAUGCCAGUGCUCCGUCACUUUCUGCAGGCCCGUUGGACUCAGUUGGAGUCUCAGGGGGGACUUGAGAGUCUCAGCCUGGACCAGCUGGCUCAGACCAUGACAUGCUGGCUCAGCGAAGUCACGUCGAUCCUCCGAGCACAGACGCACUUCCUAUCCAGGUCGUUUGCUGAGGUGUGUCAGCUGCAGCCCGACACUGACUCGGAGGAGGUUGCCCAGCUGCUCCAGACUCUGACAGACACUCUGUGUCAGGAAACGGCUUCAGCUGCAGGUCCAGCUGGUGGUGAUGCAGCCGCCCUGCGCUAGUCCGUGCAGUUGCUCUGGAUGUGUUCCUGAAUGCCACAUUGGUUUGAUAGUCCAGCUACAGUUAGGCUCAGUGAGACUAAUAAACUGGUUUUGUAAU